UGUUAUAACAUAGACGAGGCUGAGAAAAUGCUUCGAAAUAGCAUGGCGUACAAGGAAAAGAAUCAUGUGAAGGAUCUUAUAAGAGACUACAAACUACCUGAGGUUCUUGAUAAAUAUUUGGCUGGUGGUCUUGUUGGUCAAGCUAAAGAUGGAUCUACAUUACGAGUAGAACUCUAUGGAAGACUUGACAUGAGAGGUAUAAUGAACUCGGUAAAGAAAUCUGACCUUGAAAAGACAAAAAUUCUCCAUUGCGAGGCUAAUAUAGAAGACUGGAAGAAACGGUCAGAACAGACUGGUACCAGAAUUGAUGGACUUACUGUUAUAUUUGACAUGGAAGGUGUUGGAAGGCACAUGCUAUGGACCCCAGGUAUACAGAUGUACUUACACAUGGUGAAGAUUUUAGAAGACAAUUAUCCAGAGAUGCUCAAACGGCUGCUGGUCAUAAAUGCUCCUGGGAUCUUUCCUAUCUUAUACAAGCUUUGUAAACCGUUGAUUAGCAAAGAUACUAAAAACAAAAUUGAAAUUAUUGGUGGAAACUAUCAGGAAACACUGAGGAAGUAUAUUGAUGACGAGUACCUUCCGAUGUGUUAUGGUGGAACCUUAACAGAUCCUGAUGGUAACCCGAGGUGUGCAUCAAAGAUAUGCCAAGGGGGAACAGUUCCAGAGGAAUAUUACACAUUGAACACAGAUUACAUUGAUCGUAUGGAAAAUGCUACUAUUCCAAAGGGGGACAAAUUGUCAAAAGAAUAUAUCGUUGAUGUUCCAGGUAGUGCGCUCAGAUGGGAGUUUAUGACUCAAAAUCAUGACAUUGAGUUUGGAGUUUUCUACAAACAAGAUUGUAAAAAAGAAGCAGUGAAAUCCUUGUCAAAAGUCAACAGUCAUACGAUUACAGAAGAUGGCUUUCUAACCUGUGACAAAACCGGUGUUUAUGAAAUUGUAUUUAGUAAUGUCAGCUGGUUCAGUGACAAAAUCAUAUAUUAUACAAUUGAAGUACUAACCCCUUAGUAGAUUGGCAUCUUCAAGAUUAAAGACCACGUCUUCCUCUUUGUCAAAGAAGAUAAAUUCAAAUGAAUGACUACGAACUAGUGAUAGAGAUUACUUAAAUGUAUACAAAUUGUAUAUACAAGAAGGAAAUACAGGUUUAAAAGUGUGGUUUGAUCUUAAUAUUUCAUAUUUAUAAACAUGUUUAUAUAAAGCUUCUAAAGAAUAUGAUGUAAAGGUACAUUAAAGUUCUGUAUAUUCUUAUAAUGGUUGCACAAUUAAAAGAUUAGAAGGGAAAACAAUUAAACUAAUCCCUGAUGUUUUAUUUCAACAUACAUCAUACAACUUAUUAGAAUUAUUCUUACGUUUGUGUUUUUUUAUUGUGUUUUCCAUUACUAAAGAUUCAAGAGAAGGUUAAAUAACAUUCAUUCAUUCGCAUCUUCCUCCAUGACUCUUGCAUUUUGUAAAACAGAAAACAACAAGGUGGAAUGCAUUCCUUUACUGAACUAGUGAAUUUGUAUACAAAAUAAAACCUUUUUUCAAGGUAGAUUCCAACCCAGACUCCGAUAAAGAUUGGGAAUGUUUUUUCCUCUAAUUUUCCUUCAUGAUCCCAUGAAAAUCUUUCUUUGUCCAGUUAUUUAUUCUA